AUGGAGAUUGUUUAUGCAGUUGAUGUUAAAAUGAAUAAUGAUGGUGAAGAUUUUGAACGUGUAUUAGCAAUGGAUAUAUCAUGUACAAAUAUUCUUGCUUGUUCAUGCUAUUAUCUAUUUGCAUCAAAUAAACUUAAAUAUAGUCCACAUCUUGUUUCAACGCCUUUACAACAAGCAGCUAAAUCUUCAUUUUGUGUUUAUAUUUGUUCACUUGAACAACCAUGGCAUUUCGGUUUAAUAGCUACAUCAUAUGUACCUAUUGUUCAUUUAACUUGGAGUCUUGAUGGUACACAUUUACUUAUAUGUAAUCAAACAGGUGUUUGUCGAAUAUUUAAAAUGAAGAAUGGAUGUAUUAAUACAAUGGAUAAUGUCUAUCAAUAUGAAACCAAUGAAGAUAUUCUUAGUGCAAAAUAUAUUUUUCAUAAAGAAUCAAUAAUCGUUAAUCUCGAUAGAAAAGAUUCAUUAUUCUAUGGAAAAGAAGAUAGACAAUCAUCAAUGCUAUCCUACGCUCUUAAUUCUGGUAGUUUCGUAUGUGUUACAACAUCAGGAACGGUUCAUACAUUACCAUUAAAUCGAUCAUUACCACCAUAUCGUUAUUUUCUGUCUCAACAUGAUCCACUUAAUGUAUCUUUAUGUGAUAUAUCACCGACUGAUAAAGGUUUUAAUGUUAUUCUUGGUGAACGUGCACAAGGUGCACUUGUUCAUUUUUUUGUUGUACAUUAUGAAACAUUAGAACCAAAAUUAUCUUAUAUAUCAUGUCGACGUCGUGGUUUUCGUAUUCCAUCAUGUUAUGGUACACUUGAAUCCUUAGCUUAUUUUCAACGUAAUGGUACUGAUUGUAUACUUACACGAAUGACAUCAUUUAGUGGUGAUAUAAUUGAUCUUUAUGAAUAUAAUCUUGAACAAGAAGAAUGGAUAUCAAUAACUUUACUUAAUUCACCUCAAGCACGUAUUACAUCUAUAACACUAUCACCAAGUCAAUUAUUAAUUAAAGAUAACGAAUAUCAAGGACAAUUUGGUCGACAAAUACUUGUUGCAUUAAGUGAUGGAUCAAUGCUUAUUUAUGAUAAAGUAAAUUUAAAAUGUAAAGAACAAUGUUUUCCAAUGAAUAAUUCAGAAAUAUUUACACAAUCGCAAGUUAAUCAACCAGAAUAUUUUGUUCGUAUUCAACAUACAGAUUCAGGAUCAUGUUGUCUUGGUAUUACUCAAAGUGGUAUUGUUGUUCUUCUUCGUACAAUUAAUCUUGAUCAUGCAUCAUCUCCAUCUAUGCUUCAUGUACUUGUUCAUUUAUUUGAACAAUAUAUUGCUCAAAUUUUUUAUCCAUGUGAUAUAUGGGAUAUAUUAUGUCUUAUAUCAAAUUCUAAUUAUGAUAAUUUGAUAAUAAAUGAACUUGUUGAUCAAUUAGUAUCACGUUAUGAUGAACAAACAAUUGAAUUGAAACGUAAUUAUUUUGUUCGUUUUAAACAAUGUCUUUAUCAUUUACAUCGUCUUGCUUGUCCAUUUUCAAUGGAUAGUUGUGAACAUUUAACUAGUUUACUUGUUUAUCAUAUAUUAUUAAUUGUUCGUGAUUAUCUUCGUUUAUUUAUUUAUGAACCAACAAAUAGAAAUUUUGCUGAUUCAGCACAAGAAAUUCUUCAACAAUCAUCAUUUAUACAAAAUAUUGAUAUAAAACGUAUUAAAUAUUUAGGUGAUCAACCAAUUACAUCUGAUUCAACUACAAUUGAUCCACGUCAUUAUCAAUUAAUAUCAUUUACAUCAUUAGUUAAUUGGAUAUUAGAUAUUAUUUUUUAUCUUAUUGGGUAUUUACAAUUACAACAAAUGCCACAAUGGUUAACAUGUAAACAUUUUUUUAAUGAUGCAAGACAACUGCAAUGGUUAAGAGAAUUUAUUAUCUAUUUUUAUAUACUCAAUAAAAUGAAUAAAAUUCCAUAUAGUAAAAUAGCUCAUAUACAACCAGUAUCUCAAACUGUACAAACAUCACAAGAUUCACAACAACAACAACAACAACAACAACAAUCAACAAAUCAAAAUACACAAAAAGAUCUUUUAAAAGAUAUUUAUAAUAGUUUAUCAAAACUUACACAAAGAAUUGAAACGCAAAAAUCAUCUGUUUUUGAUGAAUCUCUUCUCGAAGAUUUUUCAGUAUUAGAUAUUGAAAUGUUACAAUCAAAAGCUGAUGGUAUGUUUCCUAAACCAUAUCCAUUUCUUAUUCAAAAUUCACGUUUACCACAAACAUUUAUUCGUGGACAAGUACCAGCAUUUGCUGCACAUCUUUAUGGAAGUCCAGUAACAGCAGAUGUCUUAGGUAGUAAUCAAUCAUUAUCAACAUCAUCAUCUUAUAGUAGUACACUUUUAAAUGAUGAUAAUUUACAAGAUGUUAAAUUUGAUAUAAUUACUCUUAAUAAAAUGUCAUUAUCAUCAAGUCCAACAUUUCGUCGAUGUUUACGUUGUUCAAAUUUUUCAAGAGUUUUAAAAAAUAAACCAUAUCCACUUUUGACUUAUCGUUUAGAUAAUCGAUGUUUAUGUGGUGGAUUAUUUCUUUUUUAUACACGAUCAUCAUCAUUAGCUAGUAAUAAUAACAAUAAUAAUACAAAUGAAACAUCCACUGCGACUACAACCAGAUAA